AUGUUAAAUGAGUAUAGUCGUACUCGAAACUUUAACAAUAAAAGUUUAGAAAUUAGUUAUAUAUCAAAUAUGAUUGUGUAUUUAUUAUUUUGGGCGUAUUUUGCAUCGUUCGCUGAAACUCGUACGAUUACAGAUGUAGUAAACAAAAAUAAUGCUACACUUGAUGAUAUCACUAUGUUUGGCACUAAUGCUUCACGUAAUAAUUCCAUUGGAACAAGUUACAUAACUGCACUUAAUAGCAAAAUAACUUCUGCUGGCAAUGUUUUGCUGAAUCAUACCAAUGGAACUAGUUAUUCAACCACAACUAAUAGUAGAACAACUCCUGCGAUCAAUGAUAUCAUUCGAACUACAUCAAAUGGAAUUGUAACUAAUGGUACAAUUAUACCAAAGGGGACAAUUAUAAAUUCAACGACAACUCGUCAUAAGCCUAAAACACAUGUUGAGGAUAUAAAAAAUAAAAUUUCUAAUAAAACAACUCAAAUUUCUUCAACAUCAUCUAAAAUACAAAUAUUUCCAAUUGAAUUUACUCAAAAUUCACUACCACUCUUAUUGGGUGGAUGGACAUUGUUGAAAUUGGGACGAGGACUAUUUGGAGAUGGUAUAUUUAGACGUGGUAUAUUUGGAGGAAUAGUGUUGAAAAUUAUGUCAGAUCGAGGUUUAUUAGGAUAACAAUAUAGUGGAGAAAAAAUUAUAAUAUUUUUAUUAAUUAUUACUACAAUGAAAAAAUUUGAUUUUAACAACAAAACAUUUGAUUUUUUUUUGUUCUGUUGGGUCAAUAAAAUUUUACUUUCUUAAAU